AUGGAGGUGAAUGCGGCUGAAAAACGCCAUCGAACACGAUCCAAAGGAGUCCGAGCUGCUGUGGAAGCUGUAACACAGGAGUUAUUCAGCUGUCCCACCCCCGGAUGUGAUGGCAGCGGUCACGUGAGCGGGAAGUACGCCCGACAUCGCAGUGUCUACGGCUGCCCGCUGGCCAAGAAGAGGAAGGCUCUGGAAAAACAGCCGCUGGAGCCAGCUGCCAAGAGGAGGCCCUUCCUCACCUCCUGCACGGGCGAGGAGGAGGAGGGGGAGGAUGCCGAGGAAGGCGAGAGAGAAGGAGAUGAGGAAGACGGGGAGGUGGAGGACGAGUUCUCGGAGGACAACGAGGAUCAGGAAGAGGAGGAGGAGGUAGAGGUGGAGAGAGCAGAUACAACAAUGGGAGGGGAGCGGGAGGAGGAAGAGGGUAUGGACGAGGAGGAGGAAGAAGUGGACGAUGGUGAUGAUGAGGAGGAGCAGGAGGACGAGGGAGAGGAAGAUGAGCAGGAGGAGGAGGAAGAGGAGGAGCAGAAUCAGAACCACUACAAACCCAGUGGACAAUCAAAGCUCAUUCCAGUUCAGAAGGACGACAACAACAACAGCUGCACCAUCAGCGUCGGCAACGGCACCGGAGAAGAGUACGAGAACUACGACGAACUAGUUGCCAAGUCGCUGCUCAACCUGGGCAAGAUCGCCGAAGACGCUGCCUACCAGGCCAUGACUGAGUCCGAGAUGAACAGCACCUCGUCCAACAGCGCCGGAGAGGACGAAGACGACGACGAGGAUGACGGCAGCGAGCAGGGCGACAGGAAGGGUGAGCUGAGCGUGGACCUGGACAGCGACGUGGUCAGGGAGACGGUGGACUCCCUGAAACUCCUUGCACAGGGUCACGGUGCCAUGCUGCCCGAGGAUGGCUACCCGGACGGCACCAUGGUGGACGAUGGCGGCCAUGCUAACGGGCGGCCUGAUCUUGGGGUCAGGGUUCAGGCCGAAGAGAGCGAGGAGGAGGUGUGUCUCAGCAGCCUGGAGUGUCUGAGGAACCAGUGCUUCGAUCUGGCUCGGAAACUGAGUGAGACGCAGCCGUCUGAUCGCCCCGCCCUCCACCACCAACACCACCAACACCACCAACAACACUGCCAGCAGGGUGCACAGGAGGAGCCCAGGUCUCUGGAGCGCAGCUACUCUGACAUGGUGAACCUGAUGAAGCUGGAGGAGCAGCUGAGCCCGGCGUCCAGAGGUUACCCCACCAGCUGCAGCCAGGAGGGCGACGAAGACACCACGUCGGUGGCUUCUGACCGCUCGGACGAGACCUUCGACAUGGCCAAGGGAAAUCUGUCGCUGCUGGAGAAGGCCAUCGCCCUGGAAUCGGAGAGAGCAAAGGUCAUGAGAGACCGGAUGGCCUCAGAGCACGUGUUGCCCCGCCGGGAUCCCCAUCAUCAUCGUGGCCAUGGUGAGCACAGCCCCAGGCUGAGCAGUGCCGCCGAGGAGCGCAAGUCCAGGAUGCACAACGACGGGUUGAAGAGAGCGUACUACCCUAAAGACUCUUCCAGGGGGGAGAAGAAGGAGAGCAAGUGUCCGACGCCGGGCUGUGACGGGACAGGUCAUGUGACGGGUCUGUACCCACACCACCGCAGCCUGUCCGGGUGUCCCCACAAAGACCGGGUCCCGCCUGAGAUCCUUGCCAUGUAUGAAAAUGUUUUAAAGUGCCCUACUCCUGGCUGCUCUGGACGGGGCCAUGUCAAUAGCAACAGGAACUCGCACCGCAGUCUGUCCGGCUGUCCCAUCGCUGCUGCAGAGAAGAUGGCAAAGGUCCACGAGAAAAGUCACUCGACCGACAGCGGCAGCAGCAAGACCAAUCAGACGUCAGACCGUGUCCUCAGGCCGAUGUGUUUCGUCAAGCAGCUGGAGAUCCCUCAGUACGGCUACAAGAACAAUGUCCCGACCAGCACGCCGCGGUCUAACCUGGCCAAGGAGUUGGAGAAAUACUCCAAGACCAGCUACGAUUACGGCGGCUACGAUGGCCAGCACGGCGGCUACGGGAAGAGAGGCCCGACAUCCAAGUCCCACCACGGGCGAGACACCUCCCCGAAGGGAAACGAUGCUAAGCGUUAUUGUAAGACGUCGAGCCCAGCCAGCAGUACGACCAGCAGCUACGCUCCCAGCAGCAGCAGCAGCCUGAGCUGUGGGGGAGGAGGAGGAGGUGGCGGAGGGGGUGGAGGAGGAAGCAGCGCCAGCAGCACCUGCAGUAAGAGCAGCUUCGACUACACCCACGACAUGGAGGCUGCGCACAUGGCGGCCACGGCCAUCCUCAACCUGUCGACGAGGUGCCGGGAGCUGCCGCACGCCCUUGGAGGGAAACCCCAGGACCUGCUGACACAGGUAAGUCCGGUUGGUGAUCUGGAGGACAGCGGCGCAGUGGAUGUGGCCGGUCAGCCCGGCGGUCCGGAGGGCAGCGGGACGGUCUUAACCCCCCUGCAGCCGAUGUCGCCCCAGCGGCAGGCCCUGCUCAGCAGCCGCUGCUACCAGCUGAGCGAGGCCGACUGCUGGGACCUGCCCGUCGACUACACCAAGAUCAAACGACUGGGAGACGAGCAGGACCACAAAGAGGUAACAGGAAGCGAUGAGCUGGACCCCUUCCAGGAGCUGCUGGACGAGCAGCGCUACCCGGCCGAGCUGACCAUGCCCAGCCCCAAACACCACAAAUACCCGCCCUGCAAGGAGAGCAAGAAGGAGCUGAUCACGUUGUCGAGCUGCCAGCUGGCCGACAAGAACAUCCGCGGGAUGAUGACGACCAACUCACAAGAACUGAAGUGUCCAACCCCCGGGUGUGAUGGAUCUGGACACAUCACUGGAAACUAUGCCUCCCACAGGAGUCUGUCGGGUUGUCCACGUGCCAAGAAGAGUGGCAUCAAAAUCAUCCACAGCAAGGAGGACAAGGACGACCAGGAGCCAAUCAAGUGUCCGGUCCCGGGCUGUGAUGGACAGGGUCAUGUGACGGGGAAGUACGCCUCCCACCGCAGUGCAUCAGGCUGCCCCCUGGCGGCAAAGAGGCAGAAGGACAGCUACGUCAACGGCUCGCAGUUUGUCUGGAAAUCUGGGAAGACGGACGGCAUGACCUGCCCGACCCCGGGCUGCGAUGGCUCAGGACACGUCAGCGGGAGCUUCCUGACACAUCGGAGUCUCUCCGGCUGUCCCCGAGCCACCUCGGCCAUGAAGAAGGCCAGGAUGAGCGGCGUGGAGAUGCUGACAAUCAAGCAAAGAGCAAGCAAAGGCAUCGAAAACGAUGAAGAGAUCAAACAGCUGGAUGAAGAAAUCAAAGAUCUGAAUGAGUCCAACAAUCAAGUGGAGUCUGACAUGAUAAAACUGAGGACACAAAUCACCACCAUGGAGACUAACCUGAAGUCCAUCGAGGAGGAGAACAAGGUGAUCGAGCAGCAGAACGACUCUCUGCUCCACGAGCUGGCCAACCUCAGCCAGUCGCUCAUCAACAGCCUGGCUAACAUCCAGCUGCCACACAUGAGACCGCUGCCACAGAAAGAGGCCCCAGUAAAGCAUAACUGCUGUUUACAGAUGCCUCCCAGAGAGCCAAUGAAUGAACAGAACUUUGACACUUAUGUGAGUACACUGACAGACAUGUACACCCACCAGGACCAGUACCAGAGCCCAGAGAACAAGGCCUUGCUGGAGAACAUCAAACAGGCCGUUCAGGGCAUCCAGGUUUAG